AUGUCUUCCCUCACACCUCUACGACCUCUCUCAUCAACCCUGCGCCAAUCUCAUAGGGGAUACGCAUCCGUACUCAACACCCCUACCGAGGUGGCACGGGAGUUACCAUUACGACUAAAAGCCAUCAAGCUGUAUAAAGAGUUACAUCGACUAGGAAGAGACUAUCCCGAUCCGAAGUACGACUUCAACAAGAGACUGAGGAGGGCUUUCGAGAAAAAUGCAAAAGUGACCGAUCCUGAACAAUUGAAAAAGCAAUUAGAGCUAGGUGAACAUAUUAAGAAAGAGGUUCUUGCUUUGAUCUCACUCAAGAAAUUCAGGCAUCUGCGAAGGUCCUAUCAUGCCAAUGAAGGUCCAAGAUAA